AACAACUUUUGUCAAGUUUUGAGGUUUUGCAAGAUGGAAAGGGGGAAAAGGGCACAUUCUGAUAUGUGUGACACUUCGAGUAGUUCAUCACCACACGACAGACACACUGAAAAGUUAACAACUACAUCUGAGAGUUCACCAACUAUAUCAUCAACUAAACUUUCAGGCGAAAAUGAUUCAUUUCCAGGUAGCACUUCCGAGUGGAAGGAAUCUGAUAUAAACAAAUUAGGAAUAAAACUUCUGUACAGAGCUAGUGCAAUGGAUGUUGUAUACGAAUGGGGGCUAUAUCAAAUGUUUAGAAAGGAUAUAGUAUCAGAAGAAUUGAAUACUGUGGCGGAAAUUUUAAAUGUAUGUAAUUCAAUUGAAGCGAAUUUCAUAUCGUUUGAAGAUUUACAGAGAGAUUUUAUUGGAAAUCGAGAGAUAUGUAAUGAAUUUGUCCCAAAAGAAAAGAUACCUGAUGGAAUUGGAUUAUGUUCAUGUCACUUUGAGGAGUUUCAACAAAAACUGGAACUUGUGUUAAGAGAAGGAAUUGAAGUGAAUGCUUCCAUCUCAGAAACCAACUUUCAAACUUUAUUUGAGGACUUUCUCAAAAUUUGUGGCAUAAUCACCAGGCAUCAACCUGACAUAGCAGUAAAGAAGUUCAAGGUCAAGGGAGAAAUUGUUUCUUCAGCAGCAGAUAUCUUAUGCUAUAGUUUGGAGGGGAAAGUUUUAUGUGUUGUAAAGCUUAAAAAGAACAUAGAAGAUAAAGAUACCUAUGACAGUCCUGUAAUUAAGAAAACACGUCAUGUUUCUUCUCAGGAUGCCUUUCUUGCUCAACAUACUGGAGAACUGUUAGCCUAUCUUGACAGUUCAGUUACACAUAUGGAUCUCUGUGGAAGUGUUGGUAGAGAUAUUCUUGGAUUUACAGUUGAAAAAACACAAGUGACAGUUACUCAUCUACAGUUAACUGAGGUCAGCUGGGAGAAAAUUCAAAAUUCUAACAAAAAAGGACCAUUUAAGCAUCUGGAGAAACCAGUUCUUCACUACAGUCAACGAUAUGAUUUCCUGAAAAAAUCAGAGCGCCAAGAAUUGUUUAAAGUUAUUCUCCAUGUCAAAUUAAUGCAACAUGUUCAGGAGAAAGUAGUAGGGCAAAGAAAAACUAAAGGGACAACUAACAUUAUGUCUAAAAGAAAUUUGACAAAUCACCAUCAUUAAGACUGAAUUGAAGUGAGCUUUUAUUCAUUCCUUUGCAUUUUCCCAUUAUUAUUUUUAUCUCAACUGAGACUAAAAGCAUUAAAAUUAUUGUGUACAA